AUGCCUUUCAAGCAAACCUUUGAGAAACACCUCAACAAGGAUCUCGAGUCCAACCGCGACUCGGCUCUCUACCCACCACAACUCUCGCCGCCAGACCUUGAGCCUCAGACUUCUCCUCCACCCCCUCCACCUGCCGCUCCUCAAGUUUUCGCCAGCUACCCAGAGCGCAGAGGCGGCAUCUACAUUCCCACACCAUUGCUCAUCCUCCUGAUCCUGGUCUUGCUCUUCGAAUCUAGCGUCCUCUUCAUCUACACCGUGGUUGCUCUCUGGAACACCCUUCCAAUCAUCCCAAUCGCUGCACCUCAAGCAUUCCCUCAACAACAAUUCUUGCAGCAGUCCACUACCAUCACCUCCAUCUCCACAACCACGUCCACAAUGAUUCAAACUACUACUCUGCUGUCUACAACAACUUUGAAUUACAGCACCACUCUCCCUGCCUCUACUUCCAUCUCCACGACGACCAUUACUCCUUCGCCUCCUGUCACGGUCACCAAGCCGGCCCCCACUGUCACCGUCACGAGCACGCUUAGUCCUUUUGAGCUGCCUAGUAUCACCACUAUAACACUCAUGAGCACGAGCAGUUUGGGCGCAAGCGAUCAAAGCACGACAACCAGCACGACCGUAAUUACUGCUGGAUAG